CGAGCGUAACGCAAAGGGUUCGCCGCACGCGGGCAGCUUUGACAGCGCCAACCGACAAUAACACCGCGGUGCGUACCCAUUAGCACGUGCGCUCAAUGUGCGAGCCGAUUUGUUGUCGUUCAAAGCAGUGCAGAUUUGUUUUGCCUCGGUAAGUUAAGCCUCCAGCAGCAAAUCGACCGAGAUGACGGACUGCGUUGAGAUCGCGCUGACGAGCGAUACCGCCGCCCAGCACUGGAGCUGCUGCGUCUGGGACGUGCGCACCGGCACGCAGCUGAUGACCUACCGGAACGGUGGGCCGGCCGGGCCGAACACGCUGCACCCGGUCGGCAAUCAGUGCGUGGUGGCCGGCAACCUCACCAAACCGCUGCUCACGUUCUGGCCGAUCAACCGGCAGGAGCCGUCCCACGUGAAGUACAUGCUGCCCGGGCCGCCCGGCGCGGUGGCCGUCUCGCCCGACGGCAACCACUGUCUCGUCGCACACGGGCACUCCUUCACGCUCUACAGCCUACCCACCGGGGCCAGCCUGGCCUCGAUCGCGCACCACUACGGCAAGGUGACGGUGCUGCGGUUCACCGACGACGGGUCGCACUUUGUCAGCGCCGGCCAGGACUGUCGGGUGGUGGUGUGGAGUUUGGCCCGCACCGUCCAGCAGAAGGACGCGGGCCGGAUGCUGUACGAGCUGGCCGACUUCACGCUGCCCGUGUCGGACGUGCUGGUGGGAAAGGGCGGCCUGAAGGCGCUGCUUGCCGCCGUCUCGCUCGACCGGUCGGCCAAGCUGUACGAGCUCGGCACCGGGCGGCUCCUGCUAAGCGUCCUCUUCCCCGUCGCCCUGUCCGCGGUCGCACUGAACGCGCUCGAGUCGGAGCUGUUCGUGGGCGACCGGAAGGGGCUGGUGUACGCGUGCAAUCUGCAAUCGGUGCCGCGGUCGCGCGAGGUCCACCUGCAGCAGGACGUGCUCGAGCGGUGCGUGUUCCGGGGGCACCGGAAAGCCGUCACCUGCCUGUCCGUGUCGCUCGACAACGAAACGCUGCUGUCCGGCAGCGAGGACGAGUCCGUGAUCGUGUGGCACGUGCGGACGCGCCAGCAGCUGCGGGUGAUACCGCACCGGGCGCCCGUCACCAACGCGUUCUUUCUCGUGACGCCGCGCGCCAUGUUCGAGCAGACGCGCGACCUGCCGGUCCCGUACCCGCCGUUCCAGAAGGUGGUCUGCACGCGGCAGGACCGAGAGCGGGCCGUCUUCCUGCUGCCGGCCCAGAAGCGUUCGCUCCGGGAGCGGUCCGAGGAGGGACCGGCGCCGGUGGCUGUUGGCGGCAUCAGCAGCAGCAGCAGCAAGGGGACGGAGAUCGAGGUGCUGGAGCAGGAGGUGCAGCGGCUGAAGGCGAUCAAUCGGCGGCUGUACCAGCAGAGCAUCCGGGCGAUCACGAACGAGGCGGAGCCGAUCAUGUGCCGCACGUUCAUGUCGAUCGCGUUGAUCGGCUUGAACUCCUUCAGGCGGAACCGCCGGCUCUGGAUGAAGUACUCCACCAGGGACGAGGUGCUGUUGAGCGUCCACUGCGUGACGAGCCCGGCCAUGUCUGCGCUGACCAUCAGGUCCUGCUCCUCCUUCGCGAACUGGAUGUCCGUGACGGGGGUGGUGUGGGCGUCGCACAGCGCCGACGCACCGUACGGCUUCCGGAUGUCCCACAGGAUGAUCGUGCCACUCUCGAGCCCGAUUGCCACCUGGAAAGGGAGAGCGGGGAGGUACUGGUCGAAGGCGGACACGCCGGUACAGGCCGACCGCACCCCGCCGUUCGUGUGCAGAUCGUGCAGGUUGUACGUGUGGGUGAAGUCGUACGACAGCCGCGACUCGCGCCCGACGAUGUCGCCCGUCACGCCAAACUUGGCGGUCGGCUGCGGCACGAGCGGCACGCCGGUGUCGUCCUCGUCGGUCAGCCGGUCGUGCACCAGAUUCCACAGCCGGACCGUGUUCACCCGCUCGCCCCAGCUGCCGGUCACGAAGAAGUGCUCGUCCUCCGUCUGGUUCGGCAGCCAGCGCACCCGGGACAGGCGCAUCUUUCCGGCCGAUCGAGCUACACCGCACCACUCAGUUUGCAUCGUGAAGUGGUGCAGUUUAGAAAGCGACAUGAAUCGUUGCUGGCAAUGGUGUGUCGUGUUGGUGUUGGUUUAUGCUGCCCACUGCCAGGGCUACAUCACGACGGGCAUGCCGACGCUGAUUGAGCGGGACCGGGACCCGGUCGCAUCGUUUCCGUACCCGCUGCGGCUGGCACUGGGGCAGCGUCCGUCGCCCCCACCGUACAACGGUACCGAGCAGGAGCCGGGCGACGAGCUCAAGUUUCCGGCAAACUUUCUGUUCGGUGCCGCCACCGCGGCGUACCAAAUCGAGGGCGCCUGGAACGUGGACGGCAAGGGCCCGAGCGUGUGGGACACGCUGACCCACACCCAUCCGGAGCUGGUAGUGGACGGGGCCACCGGUGACCGGGCGGCCGACUCGUACCGCCUCUACAGAAGCGACGUCGAGGCGCUGGGGAAGGUCGGGUUCAACUACUACCGCUUCUCGAUCGCCUGGUCCCGGCUGCUGCCCCGGGGCGACCAGUCCUCCCUCAACCAGGGUGCGGUCCGCUACUACAACGCGCUAAUCAACGAGCUGCUGGCGCACGGGAUCGAACCGGUCGUGACGAUGCUGCACUACGAUCUGCCCCAGUACCUGCAGAACCUGGGCGGGUUCGCGUCGCCACUGAUCGUGGACUACUUUCGCGAGUACGCCGACACGCUGUUCUGGAAUUUCGGUGAUCGGGUGAAGGUUUGGAUCACGCACAACGAACCGUACGACUUUUGCGUGGAGGGAUACGGGACGGGCAGUACCGGGCCGCUCGUGUACGCGACCGGCGUCGGCGAAUAUCUGUGCGCCCAUCACGUGCUGCUGAGCCACGCGGCCGCCUACCAGCUGUACAAGGAGCGGUACCGGUCGCGGCAGCGGGGAAAGAUCGGCAUAACGCUCAGCGGACGUUACUACUAUCCUGCCACUAACGUCACGCCGUACGAUACCGUCGAGCGUGCCCUACUGUUUCAGAUCGGUUGGUUUGCCGAGCCACUGUUCGGCGAGGACGGCAACUAUCCCGCCGUGAUGGUGGACGAGAUCGGCCACAACAGCGCACUGGAGCGCCGGUCCCAUUCCCGCCUGCCCAGCUUUACCAGCGCGGAGCGGCUGCUGGUCCGGGGCAGUGCGGACUUCUUCGCCUACAACUACUACUCCAGCCGGCUGGUCGACCUGGACCGGGCGGAGUACAAUGCGGCGGAGCCGCCGGCCUGGCGCCGGGACGCGCGCAUCCUGCAGUCGGUCGACCCGGGCUGGAGCCGGGCCAAGUCCACCUGGCUGUACGUGGUGCCGGAGGGCCUGCGGGGCGUACUGAACUGGUUCCGGAGGCGCUACCGCAACCCGACCGUGCUCAUCACCGAGAACGGCUACUCGGACGACGGCCAGCUGGACGAUGCGGCGCGCAUCGACUACUACGCCCGGCACCUGAACGCGCUGCUGACGGCGAUCGUGGUGGACGGGUGCAAUGUGGCCGGCUUCACCGCCUGGAGCAUCAUCGACAACUUUGAAUGGUUGCGCGGGUACAGCGAAAAGUUUGGACUGUUCUACGUCAACUUCAGCGAUCCGCAGCUCCAGCGAGUGCCGAAAGCUUCGGCCGACUUUAUGCGGCGUGUCAUCAGCACCCGCACCAUUCCAGCGCACUAGCCAAUGGACGGAAGUGGUCUAACGGUUGGGCAAAUAAUUUGAUUUAUUAAGCAUGACAUCUGCGAUCGAAGCUCCCGCACGCGACUCUAUUUGCUCAAAUUAGUUCGCGCUCAAAUUGCACUUGAAGAGCAUCAGUUUGUGUUGGGUUUCACCGCUACGGUUUGGGCCGAGUUUCAGCAUAAUAGACAAAUCAGUAAAUUUUGUAGAAUUAUGACUGCGACCAUAUGGUUUGAUGUGCGUAUAUUGCAGGGUUUACAAAUAAUAGAAGAUAGAAGAUUAAUAAAUGAUUCAGCUCUAAACGCUCUCGAACAAAUACCUCUCUAAACAAGUAAAGUCUCGCAUAUAGUGCGAUAUCAUUUGUGUCUCAAGAUA